CAUGGCGCGAAGAACGCAACCGCUCACUGAAAUAAACCAUCAACUUCGUCUGGACAUCCUGAACCCGACGGCAAGCCCGGCACCAGCGCCCGCCGAAGGUAACAGACGUUCUUCUUUAUCGUCGCUACAAGAACACGCGCGCUCAAUGAUUCUCCACUCGGUUGGUCUCAAGAACUUGUCCCGAAUCACCGAGUUACCGCUUCCUAAAGCUAUUGUGAGCUCGCUGGCAAAUCAACUAGCACUUGAAGACUUUUACGUCAAUCGUAAUGAUCUAAACACAGACCACAUGAGCCAUUGCGUCUACCCCGCAAAGUGUUUACUCGAUAUGUCKGACGUUGUGAUCAAGGUUAUCCCACAAGUGCUUGCCUGUGAUGAGCUAGACGCUUCGGUGGACAAAUGGAUAAAAAUCAAACACCCAAACCUGAUGAACUACUUCAUAACUUUCGAAAAAGAUGGCACCCGUGUUUUGGUAUUUGAGUACCCGCCCUAUGCAUUUCCAGAUAUCAUUCGUGUUCUAAAGAACGACAAAAAGCAAAUACCCGAGUUCUUGAUGUGGAAGGCCUUCCAUGAACUUGCGGCGGUGYUGAAACACGUCCAUGAUGAUGACGUUCUUUAUCCAUCUCUAAAGCCAGAACGACUUGCGUUUACUGAAGACGGUGUGCUGAAGUUAGAAAAUGGGAUUCUCUACGCUCCAACACAACAAGAAAUGAUGGGAAUGGACGCUGCUGGUAUCGACGACUCUGGAGUUACUGGCGUCUACACCUCUCCAGAGACUCUCAAGGGAGACGAACUAACAGUCAAGAACCUUGUUUGGAUUAUGGGAUGUUUGUUGUACGAAAUGGCCGCGCUUGAACCAGCAUAUGCCAACGUUGGAACCGACAUGUUUGGAGCCAUGGGAAAGAUCAUGGAAGGAAACAAACCUUCUCCUGUCGAGGGGUACUCCGAGGACUUGAACGCGACCAUCAGUGAGUGCUUGAAUACCGAGCCUCAGACAAGACCUACACUCGAGGACUUGCAGGCAAGGUCUAAUGCUAAGAUGGAGGCUUUGAUGGAAGGGUACAAGGGAGAGAACAUCACCCAUUUGGUAUAAGGACAAGCAGUUGUCGAUGAGCUUUUUCAAUUCUCCAAUGUUUAACAUCUAUUCGGUACAUCAUGAUCAAUAAYUAAUGUGUGAUGACACCGUAUUUCUUAACUGGUAACUUACAGUAGGAACUUUAUUUAAACAAAAAAUUCCAACCAAUAACUCCUAAAAGGCCACGGCAUUGUAAGGYUUUCCAAAUAUGACUGUCUGACUUAUGCAAGUCAAUACUACCUCAAUUCGAAAGUGGUUUUAUCUUCUUUUAUUUACAUUUUAUUUCUGUUUAUCAAAGUGGGGCUCAACUGAAUGAUACCUAUUAUGGACCGUUUAUACCCGUUAUACCCGCAUAACAGGUUGAAAURAAAAAUCAAGUAAUCGUAUGUACACUAACAAAACCCGUAUAGCAGGUUCUAACUUGUUACGAUGGUGACCAUACGUUGCCAUGGCUAUCAGGUUUGUCGGUAUGGCGUACAUCCCACAUCCACGGUUUGUCUGAGAAAAUAAUCAUGAUGAUAAAAAAGAAAUAAAAAUAAAAAUCAGCAAGCAAGUAAAGACUCGUUGCUUUGCUUGACUGAUUAUGUUAA